CCUUUGUUCAGAAAAGGAAAAGUCUCUUGAAUUCUGCUUUACCGAAAGCCAAAAAUUUUCGGUUUAUUCUUUUGCCAGAAUCCAAAGCCAUUAAUUUUUAGCCCAUAAAAGCCAAUCCUUUAUUAAUCCCUCCACGUUCUUGUAGUCUUUACUAUUCAAUCUUUACGUUGAAUUGUCAAUGGAAUUUCUUACCAAGCUUAAAAUCUGGGCAAAUUCCGUGGCCGGAGCUGACGUCAGCUCCGACGGAGAUUGCUUCACGAAUAGCUCGGAAAAUUCCAACGAUGAAAAAACCGAUGAUGAAGACUCUUUCUUCGAUUUGGUUUUCCAAUCACCUGAUUCCAAUUCGAAGCCUCUGUCCCCAGUAGCUCUUCAGAAGACAGCUCCGAAAUUCAAACCGUUCAUGUUGGGUUCGAAGAAAUCUUCAAUAUGUGACAAAACGGAGAUCAAUAGGGAACAAACAAAGCGUGAUUCGGUAAAUUGCAAAGUGGAUGAAGGUCGGGUUUCUUCCGAUUUUACCAGAGAUAAAAGCUUGAGAAGCAAAUUGCUUCAAGAUAUCUGUGAUGAAUCUUCAAUUAACCCUUCGUCGAAGCAAUCUUUAAAGGAUUGUGUGCCCAAGUAUUUGAAGCUAUUCAAACCUCUUCAUAUUAAGGUUUCAAAAAGGAAGAAUUGGAUUAUGAAUUUCUCGGAUUCUGUAACGCCGACCUCUUCUCCGGCGGCUCCAACGGUUAAUUUAUCUCCGUUUAAGUUUUCCUAUGAGAGCAGAGUGGGCAGUUUUGGGAGCAAUCGUUUGACAAAAAGCCGAUCGACUUCGACGGCGGCGGUGAACCGGAGGGACGAUUCACUGUUGCAGCAGCAUGAUGGAAUACAAGGCGCCAUUCUUCAUUGCAAGAAAAGCUUCGACUCUUCAUACAAAGAAUUUUCGCAGUUGCCAAGAAGUUAUUCUUCGCACGAAAAAUUAAUCCAGCCGCGAAGGAAUUCAUGUGAAGAGCGAAAGAGAUGCAGCAUUUGAAGAUUUUUUUUUUAAAAUUUAAUUUAGACAAAAAAAAUUUAGAAAAAAAAAAUGAUGAGAGAUAUCGCAAGUGCUUAUGAAAUUAUUGUAUCAAAUUCACAGUUUAAGAAGAUAGUAGGAUUUAGUGAAUGAGUGAGUUGGUGAGCAGUGUGAAAGCCCAGUGAGGAAUUUCUUCUGUUUUUCUAUGUAAAGAAAAGUGACUGAUGGUAAAUACGAGUGACUGCAUGUU